AGCAGCGAGUCAAGAUGAGAGUUCAGCAGCAGCAGCAACAUAUAGAAAAGGCACACAUGAAUCACAAAAACUAGUAUCCCGCUGGCAUGUACGGACGCCCACACACAUUUUGAGGGAUGCAAGAAUGAGCAAUCCGUCAGAAACUAGUAAAACAUCUGAAACCGGGGAAGGAAAUACAGGCACGCAAACAAAUGGACUGGACUUUCAGAAGCAAGUUGUACCUGUGGGAGCAGCCAUCACAUCUGCACAAGCACAGGCCUUCCUCGGACACCUCCACCAGGCUCAGCUCGCUGGAACAAGUUUACAGGCCGCUGUACAGACAAAAUUUAAAGAAGAACCUGGGGAGCCUCCGCAGCCCGUCCAGCCAUCCCAAGCGCCCCCACUCCAGGCAGCCUUACCCCAGACCCAACUCAUGGUGGCCGGAGGACAGAUCACUGGGCUAACACUAACGCCAGCUCAGCAGCAGAUGUUAAUUCAGCAGGCGCAGGCACAGUUACUGGCAGCCGCAGUGCAGCACUCUGCCAGCCAGCAACACAGCGCCGCUGGUGCCACCAUCUCCGCCUCUGCUGCAACUCCCAUGACACAGAUCCCCCUUUCUCAGCCAAUACAGAUUGCACAGGAUUUACAGCAAUUGCAGCAGCUUCAACAGCAAAAUCUCAACCUACAGCAAUUUGUGUUGGUACAUCCGACCACCAACCUGCCGCCAGCGCAGUUCAUCAUCUCACAGACGCCCCAGGGGCAACAAGGCCUUCUGCAGGCGCAGAGUCUCUUAACACAACUACCUCAGCAAAGCCAAGCCAACCUCCUGCAGUCUCAGCCAAGCAUCACUCUCACCUCACAGCCAGCAACCCCUACCCGCACAAUAACUGCAACCCCCAUACAGCAACUUCCACAGAGCCAGUCAACACCAAAGCGAAUCGACACUCCGAGUCUGGAGGAGCCCAGUGACCUGGAGGAGCUUGAGCAGUUUGCGAAGACAUUUAAACAAAGACGCAUUAAACUUGGAUUCACUCAGGGUGAUGUGGGGCUUGCUAUGGGCAAACUCUAUGGGAACGACUUCAGCCAAACUACUAUCUCCCGCUUUGAAGCCUUGAAUCUUAGCUUUAAAAACAUGUGCAAAUUAAAGCCUCUUCUGGAAAAGUGGCUUAAUGAUGCAGAGAACAUUACAUCGGACUCUGCUCUCACCAGCCAAAGUGUUCUGAGCUCCCCUGGGCAUGGGAUCGAGGGACUUAAUCGCAGGAGAAAGAAACGCACCAGCAUAGAGACCAACAUACGAGUGGCCUUAGAGAAGAGUUUCCUGGAGAACCAAAAGCCUACCUCGGAGGAGAUUACCAUGAUUGCUGACCAGCUGAACAUGGAAAAGGAGGUGAUCCGUGUUUGGUUUUGUAACCGGCGGCAAAAAGAAAAAAGGAUCAAUCCUCCAAGCAGCUGCGCGUCCAGCACUUCACCUAUUAAAGCAAUGUUCUCCAGUCCGACUCCACUGAUGGCCAGUACGCCAAGCCUUGUGACAAGUAGUACAUCCACUACAUUGACUGUAAACCCAGUGAUCCCUCUCACUAGUGCUGCUGCUGUAACCAGCUUUCCUGCCCUUGGCACAACAGUAACACCUUCAGCCAACACGGCAACUGUGAUAUCUACAGCUCCCCCAGUAUCCUCUGUCCUGACAUCAUCGCUGAACCCCUCCCCAUCAGUCCCUGCAACCUCUUCAGAAGCAUCUACCGCUAGUGAGACAACGACGACGCACACCACCUCUACUCCGCAGACCUCACCAUUGAAUGCUGGCCAGGUGAUGGUAACAGCAUCUGGAAUCCACACGGCAGCCCCCACGGCGCUACAGGGUGCAGCACAGCUGCCUUCCAAUGCCAGCCUUGCUGCCAUGGCUGCUGCCGCAGGUUUCAACCCUGGGCUGAUGGCUUCCUCACAGUUUGCUGCUGGAGGUGCCUUAUUCAGUCUCAACCCCGGGACACUGGGCAGUGCUUUGAGUCCGGCUCUCAUGAGUAACAGUACACUGGCAACAAUUCAAGCUCUUGCAUCUAGUGGAUCACUUCCAAUAACCUCGCUCGAUGCAAGUGGGAAUCUGGUUUUUGCCAAUGCUGGAGGGACUCCUAACAUUGUGACUGCACCCUUAUUCCUCAAUCCACAAAACCUCUCACUGCUCACCAGCAACCCUGUUAGCUUGGUCUCUGCAGCCUCCACUGGAGCCACUGGACCCAUCACAAGCCUUCAUGCUACCACCUCUGCAAUUGAAUCCAUCCAGAACUCUCUCUUCACUGUGGCUUCAGCCAGUGGAGCAGCAUCUACCACCACUUCGGGAUCCAAGGCACAGUGAGUCGAACUGAGACACUUUGGCUCCAGCCGGAUCACGGCUGCCAUGUAGCUUUCUGCGACUGAUCAACUAAAGAAAGUAAACCUACGUGAUCUGUCUGCCUCUUGAGGAAAAGGAAAGAGGGGAGAAGGUGUAAAAUGACGAGAACAAAUAACGCAAGAACAUUUUGCCUAAUUUUAUAAUAAACAUUUCUCUUUUCAGGGUGACCACUGAUCAGAGAACUUUCUAACCAAAAAUGUAAAAAGGAAAGGAAAAAAUUCA